UGCUUCACGAGCACAUCUGACGGAACCUCUGAUGGCGCCAAACCAUGAACGCAAGGGUACGUCAGAUGCAUUCGACAAGACAGCACGACAAGACAAUGCUGCUUCUGGGCGCACAACGUACCGCCAUCGACCUGUUCCGUCGCCCAAGCUGUCGGACCGAGUAAGGCGCAUUGUCGAGGACACCAAACGCAAACAUCGAACAGACAUGCGCAUCGAAGCGUGGCACAACCAAGGGUUUGCAGGAUCGGACAUUUGCGACAUGCCGUUGGACGAGUCCAAGGGAAUCAAGCGCGAACUGUGCAAGGACUUGAGCGUGGAACGCUUCAUCGAAGAGUACGAAAAGCCCUCAGUGCCACUCGUCAUUGAAGGCAUCCCCGAAUACGAGAAGUGGGCUGCUUGUGAAAACUGGACCCUAAAGCAACUCAAGAAACAGUACAAGCACGCAAUGUUAAAGGUCGGCGAAGACGACGACGGCAAGACGUUGCGCAUGAAGUUCAAGCACUUUUACAAGUACAUGAAGACUCAAAUCGACGACAGCCCCUUGUACAUUUUUGACAGCACAUUCGACGACAAACGAGAAACUGCGCCUCUUCUGGCCGAUUACAAAGUGCCGCGGUACUUUCAGGACGAUUUGUUCUCUCUCGUGGGGGAGGACCCGCGGCCGCCGUACCGGUGGUUUCUCGUCGGCCCCAAGCGAUCAGGAACGUGUGUGCACGUCGACCCUCUGGGCACAAGCGCAUGGAAUACGCUGAUUGUCGGGCGCAAGCGAUGGCUGGCAUUCCCGCCGUCCGUCGACAAGGCGACGGUCAAGGCCAAGAUACAUGUGCUCAAAGGCGAAGACGACGAAGCGGGCAACUACUUUUGCGACAUGCUGCCGCGCAUGGUGGCCGCCGACCCGUCGCUCGAGUACAUGGAGUUCAUGCAGUAUCCUGGCGACACGGUGUUCAUCCCCGGCGGGUGGUGGCAUGCCGUGUACAACGUCGAGGACACGAUCGCCGUCACACAAAACUACUGCUCCCACGCCAACUUUGAGCGCGUGUGGUGCAAGACACGGUCCGGCCGCAAGCGCAUGGCCGUCAAGUGGCUGAACCAGCUUCAGAUCCAUUACCCCAAGCUCGCAGCCCUCGCCGUGCAUCUGAACGAACGAGACGACUACACCAUGUACUCGAAGGAGAACAAGAAGCGCAGUAAAGACGACGAUGCAGACGACGGCGGCAUGACGUCCAAGAAGAAACAGAAGAUGUCUUAGACAGGGGAUAUCUUCUCAACAAAUGAAUGCAGAUGGAGACUCCCAAUUCACAGGAAUGCGUCAUCCGGAUAAAAUUCACAGGAAUACGCCAUCCGGAUAUCGC